UAUAUAUAUUAAUAGUUAUCGUCACUCCCUCCAAAGUCCAAUCUUCAUAAUUUCCAGGCUUCCACUUUCAGAGAGAGAAUUUGAAUUAGGGUUUGCACUUGCAGUGAUAAGCAACUCGAUGGCUCUGUUGCCAUUUAAUCACCCUUCUUGCACUCUUCCCUCACCACCACCACAAUCUUCUUCUUCUUGUUCUUCUUCUCCUUCUUUUCUUAUUAGAUAUAAUUUGCCCUCCAAUUCUCCAGUAUUUACAAGUUCUGUCCUCCUCCGCCCUCUCCGUUGGUGCUCAAACCACCACCAGCACAACCACCAGCUCCGGUCUCUGACGCCGGUGAAGGUGACGGGCAGCCUCUCCUCCGCCGUGGAAACUUCAGGUUCAGGCAAUAGCAUUCAAGUUGAGGAAGGAGAGAAGAAGCUGCUACUCCAAGUCAAGGAUUUAACGGCGGUGAUUACCGAAUCGAAACAGGAGAUUCUCAAGGGCGUUAACCUCACCGUCUACCAAGGAGAGGUUCAUGCCAUAAUGGGAAAGAAUGGUUCAGGGAAGAGCACUUUUGCCAAGGUUCUGGCUGGGCAUCCGGAAUACGAAGUUACAGGAGGCAGUGUGGUGUUUAAAGGGGAAAACUUGCUGGAAAUGGCAGCAGAAGACCGGUCACUUUCUGGGCUUUUUAUGAGUUUCCAGUCUCCAGUUGAGAUCCCUGGUGUCACCAACAUUGAUUUUCUCAACAUGGCUUACAAUGCCCGCAGAAAAAAAUUAGGACUGCCUGAGCUUGGACCAAUUGAGUUCUAUGCUUAUAUCUUUCCCAAACUUGAUCUUGUGAACAUGAAGACCGACUUCCUCAAUAGAAAUGUUAAUGAAGGCUUUAGUGGAGGUGAAAAGAAGCGCAAUGAGAUUUUACAACUGGCGGUUUUGGGGGCAGAAUUGGCUAUAUUGGAUGAAAUUGAUUCUGGGUUGGAUGUUGAUGCACUUCGAGAUGUAGCAAAGGCAGUGAAUGGGUUACUGACUCCACGAAAUUCUGUAUUGAUGAUUACUCAUUAUCUACGACUUCUAGAAUUUAUAAAGCCAACGUGCAUCCAUAUUAUGGAGGAUGGGAAAAUUGUGAAGACAGGCAACAUCUCCUUAGCAGAGGUACUAGAAAAGGAAGGGUACAAAGCAAUUUCUGCAGCUUAACAACAUGCAAAAAGGUUAUGGGAAUAUUACAUCUGUACUAAUAAUCUAGUGCAACCGCCAAGGUUAGUAUUGUAGAUGUGGUGACACCGGAAUUUGUGGAAACCAGCUCCUAAUUUCAGCCCCAAAGGAAUUCCAAGUUCUUACAUUAAUCACUCAAUCUCAAGGGGUUGUACCAGGGUCCGAAUUUUGAAGUUAAAGCAGGGAUUAUGAUGCUGAAAUUUAAUUGCCAACAUGAUUAAUUUGGAAGCCAAGUCUGUCUAGAAAUAGUUUUUUUACGGAGCCCCAUUUGGAAUUUUCUAAAAGAAUUUGUCGUCAUUUAAGUGAAGGUAUUGCAUGCUGUCUGGACGCACACGAGAGUCCAGAAAAAGAGUCUUCCCAUUUGCAUAUUUCUCAGUUAUCAUUGUCUUGGAAUGCCGAAAGCCACCUAUCUUGGAGGGUUGUUCCAAGGAUCUAUUGCUUUUAAAACACCCCAUUUUGUUUCUGCUGGGGCCUUGAGCAUUGGAAUGAAAGUUAUGAA